GACGACUCUGUGUGGUCAAUAAAACGACGUUGUUUCAGCCACUCUCUUAGGUCUUCCUUCACUCUCAACCAACAAUGGUGGGAGGCUGUUAUCUACUGUUCAACAACCCGCUAGUCCUAAAUCCGGAGCGCCGACAUCGCAAUCGGGCAUCGAUUCGACAACCCAGAACUGCCUCUUCCAUCAUUUUCGCCUCCGUCGGAGGCAAUGGAAUCUCAGAGCUGGUUCAGAAAUGGAGACCCAAUUCAGCUUGGCAAUCGAUGAUGGUUCGUUCAGCUCCGCUGAUUGAAUUGGGUAAACGGAUAACUGUUCGACCCACUCCUGAAUUGGGCCUUCUUUCUCUUCUCUUCGUCCUCUCCAUGGCUGUUGGAGCUAUUUUCUUGUUGGCUGUGAUCUCGAUUCCAACUAUGAGCGCAUUUAGAAGAAUGGCAGUAUCAAUGGAUAAACUGGUCCAAGUAGCAUCAGUAGAGGUACCUGGAACCUUGUCUUCACUCAAACUUUCCGGCCUCGAGAUGAAUGAAUUAACCCAACAACUUACCAAUCUCAGGCAAAAGAUAUCCGGAAAUCAGCAUGGAAAGAAAUACAGGAAGCAAUAGGUUCAGUUGGUUUGGAAUUUGGUACAAGAAAUUACCCUGUAAUCAACUUUCUAAUGUGAUAAAUACAUAUAUUGUUUCCUGAAUCUUAGUAAUGUAUAUUUAUAUGUAUCCGACUUCUUUUCUAUGAAGUAAGCACUUGAAAUA